AUGCUGCCCCUGCUGCUGCUGCCCCUGCUGUGGGGGGGGUCCCUGCAGAAGCUUCCAGGGUACGAGCUCCAGGUGCAGCAGUCGGUGACGGUGCAGGAGGGGCUGUGCGUCUCCGUGCCCUGCUCCUUCUCCUACCCCACGCCCUCCUGGGGUUCCUCCAGCCCAGUCUAUAUCUUCUGGUUCCGGAAUGUGGACAACAUUUACUAUGAUGAUCCUGUGGCCACAAACCAUCCACAACGGCCAGUGAAGACGGAGGCCCAGGGCCGAUUCCACGUCUCCAGCGACCUCAGGACCCCCAACUGUUCCCUGAGCAUCAGAGACGCCAGGAGAGGGGACACAGGGUGGUACUUCUUCCGCGUGGAUACAGGAGGCGAUGUCAGAUACAGCUACACUGAAAGGAAGCUGAAUGUGCGUGUGACAGCCCUGACCGAGAAGCCUCACGUCCACUUCCCGGCGCCCCUGGAGUCCGGCCGCCCCACACAGCUGACCUGCAGCCUGCCAGGCUCCUGCCCCGAGGGGAGACCGCUCUCCUUCUCCUGGGCGGGGGAAGCCCUUGGCUCUCGGGACCCCGGGACACUGCGCUCCCCACUGCUCACCUUCACGCCGAGGCCCCAGGACCAUGGCACCAGCCUCACCUGUCGGGUGAACCUCCAAGGAGCUCGGGUGACCACGGAGAGAACCGUGCAGCUCAAUGUCUCCUAUGCUCCGGAGAACCUCACCAUCAGCGUCUCCGCCUGGAACAGAACCGGCUCCCAGAUCCUGCAGAACGGCUCAACCUUCUCCAUCAUGGAGGGCCAGACGCUGCGACUGCUGUGCCGGGUGGACAGCAACCCCUGUGCAAACCUGAGCUGGUUCCAGGGGUCUUCAGCCAAGAAUGCCUCCCCCAUCUCCAAGACCAACAUCCUGGAGCUGCCGCAGGUGCAGCCAGAGCACGAGGGAGUGUUCACCUGCCUCGCCCGGAACCCGCUGGGCUCCCUGCAGGGUUCCAUCAAUCUCUCUGUUUACUACCCCGCACAGCUGUUUGGCCCCUCCUGCUCCUGGGAGGCCAGAGGUCUGCGCUGCAGCUGCUCCUCCCGAGCCUGGCCUGCCCCCUCCCUGCGCUGGCGGCUGGGGGAGCGGCUGCUGGAGGGGAACAGCAGUGGGAACAGCAACCACGCCUCCUUCACCAUCACCUCCAGCUCCGCCGGGCCCUGGGCCAACAGCUCCCUGAGCCUCCGCGGGGAGCUGGGCUCCGACCUCAGGCUCAGCUGCGAGGCCUGGAACGUCCACAGGACCCACAAUGUCACCGUCCUGCUAUUGCCAGGGAAAUCGGCCUGGGAGGGAGGAGUGGUUUCCGCCGCCCUUGCGGGAGCUGGAGCCAUGGCCCUGCUCGGUCUGUGUCUGUGCCUCAUCGUCUUUGGCAUAGUGAAGAUCUAUAGGAAGCCGGCCGCUGGGAGACCGGAGGGCGCGGAAGACGAAGAUCCUGUCAUGGGUUCCGUCACCUGGGAUUCCCGGCAGAAGGCCCCCAAGCCAGACGGCCCCCAAGAGCAAGACCCUCCCGCAGAUGCUGCGCCUCUCCCACAGCAACCGCAGGAGCUCCACUACGCCUCCCUGAGCUUCCACGGAAUGAAGCCACGAGAACCUCAGGACCAGGAGGCCACCGGAGCCACGGAGUACUCGGAGAUCAAGAAGAGCAAGUGAGGACCUGGCUGUGGCUCGGUGCUGGCCGGAGGCAUCAUGGGUGA